CACAGACGCAUGCGGCCUGAGCGACCUGGCCCACAUCGAAGGCCUGCAGGAGAAGUCCCAGUGCGCCCUCGAGGAAUACUGCAGGACACAGUACCCGAACCAGCCCACCCGCUUCGGCAAGCUCCUCCUGCGGCUUCCUUCCCUGCGCACCGUCUCUUCGUCGGUGAUCGAGCAGCUGUUCUUCGUGAGGCUGGUCGGCAAGACGCCCAUCGAGACGCUUAUCAGGGACAUGCUGCUCUCCGGAUCGACCUUCAACUGGCCGUACAUGGGCAGCAUGUGACAGGCAGCUCUGGGCACGAAUCCCACCCUUCCUCCGGGGACCGUGCCCACGUCGGCUGCUUCUCACGCCCUCACCUCCGCCGCCCACGCCCUCACGUCCGUCGCCCACGGCCAGACCUCGGCGCACGCCCACACGCCCGUCUCCUCCUUCCAGCUGCCCACCCUCGCCACGGCCUUCCGGUGAUGAACCGCGGACGCCUCGCCGCCGCCGCCGCCCGCGCUCCCGCCCAAGCUCCACCGCGCCCCCCCCGCCCCCCCGCCCGCCCUCGCGCCCCUUCGCGCGCCUGCCCGCCCACACAACGACCGCAGAGGGCCUCGGAAGCCCCCUCGCCAGGCUAGGAGGCUGGCUGUCGCCGCUGGCCGCCCCGCGCGACGGCGGCGGCGGUGCGGCCAAGGACGGCGAGAGCGGCGCCGGCGGCGGCCCGUGGAGCGGCGGCGACAGACGGAGGGACGCCAGCGCCUCGCCGCUCGAGCCCCCGAGAGGCCUGAGGAUCCUGUGAGCGAGGGGAGGAGCGGCCGGAGGCGCGGGGGAGCGGACACGCUGCGGCCCUUCGCUGCGGCGGAAGGAAGCCUCGACGGCCGGGAGCGCCCCCCCGCCCGCGGCCCUUGGCGGGUCGUGAGCGCCCCGCCGCGAGGAAAGACGCCCGGCGGAGUCCGCGGAGACGAAGACGGAGGCCCUCCGUUGCCUAAAAGACAACCAAGGAAGAAGUGAGACAAAGAAAAGAAAAUCGAGAUGCAAGCAUGUAUUUAGAAACACAGCAAAACAGGUGUUGUAACGGAAAUGAUCAAAAGAAAAGGAAAAGUGAAAAGGUCCGUGAGUGGUCAGCAGCAGAGGACAACCGACCCUCGUGGGUUCAGCGAAUCCGUUGAGGAAAACUGUGCAUAAACUACCAUGUACGCGUUACCUGUUCUUGUAUAUGUGAUAACCAGAGACCCAGGACUUGACCCCAACGCAAGCGACGUCUUUGGUUGAAUCCAUGUAUAUUUUGUACAUAGUAAGAGAUAAGGUUUUAUACUCGGGUCGCGCUGGCUGGGUUGACCGCCACCUCACUUGUACAGGAAACCUGAGCGUUUGAGAAAAGUGCUCCCAGCGUCCCCUUUACUCUGCCCCCUUUCCCCUUUCCCCUUUCCCCUCCCCCUUUGUCCCCCUACGCUCUUAGAGGAGAAAGAAAGAAAAUACAGAUACAACUUUCUUCUUUUUUAUAUUUAAAAAAGUUAUAUCAUUUUGUGAGAAGGACGAAAAGAAAUGAAAAACUUUUGGAGAAGAUGAAGAAAUGUGAAGCGAAUUUUGGCACUUCAUUCGUUACCAAAAGGCCUCGUCCACGGGGGUUUGGCGCGAAGGGAGGCGCCCCAUCGGCUGGACAGAGAUCCGAGCCCAUGUCCCGGUUACUCAGAUUAAACUUAGAUUUUGUGUCGUGUGCGCAAAGCUGAGGGUAAUCUCAGAUAUUUUUUUUCGUACUGACAGUUGUCAUAGCCCCUUCCCCCUAUCCAGAUCAGAUUUUUUUUUCUAUAUUUUUUUUUUUUUUUCUCUUUUGGUAUGCCGUGAUCAAUCAUCGUGUUCACUUGCCAGAGAUGUUGAGAUGUUUCAGAUCGGGUUUUUGUGAUAUGUCAUGAAGCAAUAUGGAAAUUGUAUGAGUUGAUUAGGUUUAUAACAAGAAAAAAGGAGUGAAAUGUAUGUUCCAUCUGUAGGCGCAGGUUACCACUCGGAAGCAUCGCCGACGUUCACUCCAUUCUGGCCCAGUGACCGCCUCUCCUGGCCUCCUUGCAGUCCAGCCCUCAAGAGGUCUCCUGUCACGGAGAUCUUGCAAGCUGUGAGGUAUUUCUGCAAGCCACUUUCUCUACUAGCAGGCGUCGGGAACGAAAUCCAAGGAACGAGUAGCGGUCCGCUGACUAGUGGUUUGGAUCCUGCUAGCCAGGGAGGGACCGCCGCUCGUGGCCUCACGGCUAGCCACUAGUAGAGACCUGCGAGCUGGUGCUGGUGGAGGCGCACCUCUGCCGCUCGGGUCUCAGCGGGCGGAGAUCUACUAGCGGCCGGAGUUCCUGCGGCUAGUAGAGGAGCUCGGACCCACGGCCGCCCGGAAGGCCGCUCGACGAGAGCCUCAGCAUGACGGAAAAUCCCUUCAGGUCCGAAGUCCGGCUGACACCGCCGCCGCCGCCACUCGCCGACGCCCUCCCGAGUCGUUCGACGGAGCCACACGAGGGCAGCGAGCCUGCGGCGGCACCUGCACAGGCCAGGGGCGGCCCGCACGGCCACCUCAGCCGAGGCCCACGGCGGCUCCGCACCCCACACGUGUACUGAAUGUUGUUUUGUUUGUAAAGUCUAGCAGCCUGGGAGGGAUCGCCCGGCCGCUCCCGCGCAUGCACCGGGCCCUCCAAGUGUACAGGUGCCCCAGUAAGUGUACAGGUGUACAGGUGCCGCCAACAAGUGUACAAAGAGGCACGGGCCGGGCUGCACGGGCGGACGGGCGCCCACGGCCCUCCCUCGCCGCCCUCACGCCCUCGAGUGGGCGGGGCUGGGGCGCCCGUUCCCUGGGCUGGCAGCGCCGCCCGUGCGAGCGUCCUAGGUGUGUGACAACCGUGACGUCAUCCAUGUUGUUUGUACCUUAGGCUACACAGGUGUCGUAGACACAACAGUAUGUUUUCUCUUAAAUAAAUGAUCUCAAAAACUCUGUUGUCAA